AUGGCAAGCUCAAGAAUCAACGAGGAUCGCAGCAAUCGAUCUGCUGCUUUUAGAGCUGUCUUAGAGGGGAAAAGACGGUCAGUAGAAAACUUUCGUAGGUUUUGGAAGGAAGAAGGUGUGAAUCCACUAGAUAAAUGUGGUGAUACUGUUCUCCAUUUUCUGGCCAUUCACGGAAAUGCGGCUGCCUUCAAAUUACUUCUGCAAGAUGGUCUUGUGACCAGUGAAAAUCUGAAGGCAAAGAAUGUCAACGGCAACAUUGCAUUGCGUGAAGUUGCAAGAUUUGGCCACAAGGAUGUUGCAGAGAUCAUGAUAAGGACAGAAAACAAAUUAGUGUCUGAGAGCAACAAACUGGGAAGUUUUCUCACUUCUGGAAAAGCAUAUCGGUGA